CUGAGGAGCGCCUCGGAACACCUUAGCCUUAGGGACCUGGAUACGGACCCAUGUCACCUUCUCGCGCUUCCCUCGCGGGGUUCCACGUGCCUUCAUAAAUAACAGCAGCCACCUCCGAGAGGGAAGGCGAGGCUACGGGGUGACAAGCAAGGGGAUCUCGUGUCCGUCGCCUCUGGGUUUGCCGCCCCGCGUUACGCCCGCUUUGCGGUCUGAGAUCUGCGCAAACCGAGCAGGAUGCCAGAAACUGCGCAAGAGACGUGCGCCCCCGCCAAAGAGUCGCCCUUCUCCAUCAAGAACCUGCUCAACUGCGACUCCAGGUCCAGCAGACCCAAACCCCUGCUCGCUGCCUCCAAGGCUGCCUUGGACGCCGGAUUUUCCAUCGCCAAGGUGGGGGAGCUGAGCUUCCCGCGUUUCGAGAUCCCCACGCAGCGGUUCGCGCUGCCCGCGCACUACCUGGAGAGAGCGUCGGCGUGGUGGUACCCCUACAGCCUGGGCUCCACGGGCCACCUGCACCGAGCUGAAGCUGCGGAGAGGGCGAGCGCCAGGGAGUCGGGAGACUCUCCGGCCUCCGCCACGGACCGCGACUCGCCGGACCUGGGGCUCAAGUCGGAGCCGGACUCCAAAGAGGACGAGGAGAACAAGAGCGCCGACGACGAGAUCGUUCUGGAGGAGAGUGACUCGGAGGAGCCCAAGAAGGAGGAGGAGGGCGGCGGAGGCGGCGACGACUGGAAGGGCAGGGACGAGGGCGCCGCCGACAAGAACAAGCCGUGCAGGAAGAAGAAGACGCGCACGGUGUUCUCGCGCAGCCAGGUGUUCCAGCUCGAGUCCACGUUCGACAUGAAGCGCUACCUGAGCAGCUCGGAGCGCGCGGGACUGGCCGCCUCGCUGCACCUCACCGAGACCCAGGUGAAGAUCUGGUUCCAGAACCGCAGGAACAAGUGGAAGCGGCAGCUGGCCGCCGAGCUCGAGGCGGCCAACCUGAGCCACGCGGCGGCGCAGCGCGUGGUGCGCGUGCCCAUCCUGUACCACGAGGGCGCGGCCUCGGAGCCGGGCAGCCCCGCCGGGAGCGCGCCCGCGAGCCAGUCGCUGCUCACCUUCCCCCACCCGGUGUACUACUCGCACCCCAUAGUGACCUCGGUGCCCCUGCUGAGACCCGUGUGAGAACUGUCUUUUUGAAAUCAUUUAUAC